AUGGACGAUGCGCCAGUCGCCCUGUCGCCCAAUCGCCCUGUCGCCCACUCGUUCAGACGACUUGUCGUGCUCGAUGGGCGUGUAAGCAACGACAAAAGACGAAACGACAGCAGUGCCUUCAUCAAGCAACAGGACACCCAGGAGCUGCAGGAGGAGCUGUACGUCCGCCUGCUGCUUCACGCUCAUCCAAAUGCCUUUAAUUCUUUGCACUUUCGCAAGGUCCUCACCAAGUUUGGGCCCAAAUAUGCCUCAAAUUACGCAGCUCGUAUUAGUCCAGAUCAAUUAACCAUCAAUUUAACAUUGGACAUUAUGAAACCCCUUACUGUGGACGUCUGGGCGAAGGUGAGCAUUGGGCAAAGAGAAGCUAAGAAUAGUUACCGAAACAUAUUCGCCUACAACAUGAACUUAUGCAACCUGAUUGGCAAAGGCAAGGGCAUGAAUGUGUUCCAGAUUUGGGUGCAAAACAUCUACAGGUACACGAAUAUGCCGCGGCACUGCCCUAUUCCAGAGGGCAAUUAUUACUGGAGAGAGCUGCGACCCGAUAAGGACAGCAUACCCGCCUUCAUAAUGUCGGGCCAUUUUCGCAUUGAUGCCAUGUUCUAUAUGCGCGACUGGAGCAACGAUAUGCUAACGAAUACCUCAAUGUUUGUCGAUAUUAAAAUGAAAUGA